CGCUCCGCGCGCUCUCACAAGCCGGUUGUCAGUACAAACUAGUUUUGCAGUGACGACACAGCUACAGUGAUACCAAAGUGAGCCGAGAGGACAGUGCCCUAGUGUUUAGUUAUAUGGACAAUUGAUUUGUGGAAAUGGAAGAUAAGCCGUACAGUGUUGACAGUUCGGAUGAUAUCAACAUCGAGGAGGAGGAAGAACAUAUUGAGGAGAAUCACAGCUACCCACCGGACUUUCCGAUCGAAGCUUUAGUAAAGCUCGAGCGGCCAUCACCCCCUUUACCGACGCCGCCGCACACGCCCACUGACGACACGCCCCCAGCCGUCGUUAUCUCACGCCACCAACCUUGGACGCCACCCGCACAACCCUACACUUACCCCCGACCAGCCAUGCAGACCCCUUACCCGUACGAGAAAGUGCCAGCACAGAAUUACUCGCACCCCAUGUCGGCCUACGUGCAAGCUCAAGUGGCAACGCUCCCACCGUCGGCACCUUACCACGCGAUGCUCGUCAACCAGUGGAUUAGGAACGCAGCUUUCUACCAUCACUCAUUGAGAUACCCCGGUGUUAUGGCACAGAGGAUGCCAGGAAGGAAUCCGCCGCCGAUGCGAGCGCCAGGCGUCCCCGGAACGAGACCUAAAAAGCAGUUUAUUUGCAAAUACUGCAACCGCCAGUUCACCAAGUCCUACAAUCUCCUGAUCCAUGAAAGGACUCACACCGACGAGAGGCCUUACUCGUGUGACAUCUGUGGGAAAGCUUUCCGCCGGCAAGACCACCUCAGAGACCAUAGGUACAUACAUUCGAAGGAGAAGCCAUUCAAGUGCACUGAGUGUGGGAAAGGUUUCUGCCAGUCCAGGACGCUCGCCGUACACAAAAUCUUGCACAUGGAAGAAUCUCCCCACAAGUGCCCCGUUUGCAACAAGAGCUUCAACCAAAGAUCGAACCUGAAGACGCAUCUGCUGACACACAGCGAUGCAAACAAGCACCAUUUGGAGCAUUUGGAAGGUUGUCAAGAAGUUUCUUCGACAAGUCAGUCGGAGAACUCCCUACUAGACCUUUCUCAUAAACCUUCGCCGCCCCUACCGCAACAAGUUCAACCACUUGUGAGUCCUCACCAAUCUCCUGUUGAAGGACCCAAAAGAACUUUAGGCUUUUCGAUAGAAGAUAUCAUGAAGCGCUAAUUCUCAUAUCUGUAAAUAUUUAUUAACUGCUCUCACCGAGUUCUAAGGUACCUGUUAAAAUUGGCAAGAGGCUUACUACAUUCAGGGAUUUAAUGUUUAAUUUAGUUAAUUUAUGAUUGCCAAAGAUGUAUCAUUGACUGAUUAGUAAGGUUUCCUAUCAUUGAGCAUCCGUUUUUUCUGUUUCAUUUAUAUUAUCGGCUCUUAAUAGUAUUCAAUGUCUUUGUAAUUCUAUUCAUCACCAUUUGUGUCACCAAGUAAAUGAAUCAUGUAACAGCCGAUACUCGGAUCUUUUUUCACUUUGAAGACUGAAAUUGUUUUUAAUUAUUGUUAUUGUUUGUUUAGAGGUUUAUUUAUUGUGAUAGAUUAGUUUAGAUAAGAUUGUGGUUGACUAAAGUUACCGAAAAGUAUUACCUUCGUGUUUAAGUUCGUUUCGUUCCAAAAUUGUGGCUAUGACAUAAUUGAAAUCAUGUUCAAAAAUUAGAUGUAUGUUGUUUCUGUAAAAGAUUCAGUAGUUUUAGUGCAUGUAUAUUUCGCUGUAAAUAUGUACAAUAAGUAUUAUAGUUUUAAGGCGACGAGGCUACUAUUAGGAGAUAAAAUAUAAUAAAAGAAAAUAGUAAUGAACAUUA